AGCGUGUCCCAUCAGGACAAGCUGCAGUUUAAGUCCAAGCUUUCACCCAUUAUAACAAGUGAAUAAUCUGCUUCUACCUAAUUGGGAUCUAUGGCUUCCUGCUCAUUCCCCUUUGGGGAGAAAUACCUAAGAGAGAGAAUCAAAGAGGUUACUUUGACCCUUUUAUUCCUGACCUGUUUUUGGGGUUUAGCUUGGACUGUCCAACCAACUGCUACACAGCCAAUAGAGAUUCGUCUGGUGAAUGGUACAAGUCGCUGUGUAGGGAGACUGGAAGUAUUCCAUAAUGGGUUGUGGGGCACUGUUUGUGAUGAUAGUUGGGGCAUAGAAGAUGCCCGUGUUGUCUGCCGGCAGCUGGGCUGUGCAAGUGCAAUAUCAGCACUAAGGGAGUCCCAUUUUGGCCGAGGAACUGGUCGCAUCUGGAUGGAUGAAGUUCGAUGUGUAGGGACAGAGAGCUUCCUCAAUCAAUGCCCAUCAAGACCUUGGGGAGACAAUGAUUGCCAUCAUGGAGAAGAUGCUGGUGUUGUGUGCUCAGAGAUGAGACUGGCAGGUGGUUCUACUCUUUGUACUGGAAGGGUUGAGGUGUUGUUUAACCAAAGAUGGGGAACAAUAUGUGACAAUGGCUGGGAUUUAGCUGAUGCCAACGUGGUGUGCCGGGAAGUAGGCUGUGGCAGUGCAUUAGCAACAGCAGGUGCAGCUAAAUUUGGACAAGGAACUGGUCCAAUCUGGAUGGAUCAGGUAAACUGCACAGGGGAAGAAGACAGUCUAAGAAAAUGUCCACCAAAAAUCAUGAGAGAACACAGUUGUAGCCACAGUAAGGAUGCUGGCGUGGAAUGUGCAGAACCACCUGAGAUCAGAUUAUCAAAUGGCCCCAAUCAUUGUUCAGGGAGAGUUGAGAUCUUGCAUGAAAAACUCUGGGGAACUAUUUGUGAUGACAACUGGGACCUUGAUGAUGCCAAGGUUGUAUGCCAGUAUUUAGGCUGUGGGAAUGCUCUGUCGGCCCCACGAGGUUCUCGUUUUGGCCCUGGAGCUGGUCCUAUCUGGCUGGAUGGUGUGAACUGCACAGGGUCAGAGACAGCCAUCAGCAAAUGUCCAGCAAAAGCAUGGGGGGAACAUGACUGCACUCAUUCGGAAGAUUCUGGAGUGGUGUGUACAGAACUUCGACUAGCACAAGGAUCCACUCGUUGCGCAGGAAGGCUUGAGGUAUACCACAACAAGCAAUGGGGGACUGUGUGUGAUGAGGACUGGGAUUUAAAUGAUGCCAAUGUGGUGUGCAGAGAACUGGAGUGUGGAACUGCCCUAAAGGCCACUGGGGGAGCACAGUUUGGACAAGGAUCUGGAACCAUUUGGCUAGACAGAGUGAACUGCACAGGGAAAGAAGCUUUUUUGAAUGAAUGCCCGAAAAGACCUUGGGGAGAGCAUAGCUGUGACCACAGCAGGGAUACAAGUGUGGAAUGCUCAGACCCCAAUGAAGUCAGAUUGGUGAAUGGCACAAGUCGUUGCUCUGGGAGAGUUGAAGUGCUGCACAACCAACAGUGGGGAACAGUCUGUGACGAUGGCUGGGAGCUCACCAAUGCCCAAGUUGUGUGCAGAGAACUGGGCUGUGGAAUAGCUUUAGCAGCCCCACGAGGAGCAAAAUAUGGAAAAGGAAAUGAUCCCAUUUGGCUGGAUGAUGUCAAAUGUAAAGGAACAGAAGCUUCUCUCCGUGACUGUCGUCUAAAAUCCUGGGGAGAACACAACUGCAACCAUGGAGAGGAUGCUGGUGCUAUGUGUUCAGAACUCCGACUGGUGAAUGGUUCAAGCCACUGUUCGGGAAGAGUGGAGAUCUUUCAUGACCAGCAGUGGGGGACUGUGUGUGAUGACCGCUGGGACAUCAAGCAUGCUGAGGUGAUCUGCAGGGAAAUGGGCUGUGGUGUUGCUUUGAAAGCCCGAAGAAAGGCAUAUUUUGGACAGGGAAAAGGGCCAAUAUGGCUAGAUGAUGUGAACUGCCAAGGAACAGAAAAUUCCCUCAGUGAAUGCCCAGCAAGCACUUGGGGAACAAACAACUGCCACCACCAAGAAGAUGCUGGGGUGGAGUGUUCAGAUCCAGUGGAGCUCAGGCUAGUCAAUGGCUCACACCGAUGUACCGGGAGGGUAGAGGUAUUUCAUCUCCAGCAGUAUGGGACUGUUUGUGAUGACAACUGGGACUUGAAUGAAGCUAUUGUUGUGUGUCAAUACCUUGAUUGUGGAUCAGCCAUUUCUGCCCCUCGUUCAGCUCGGUUUGGUCGAGGAAGUGAUGCUAUCUGGUUGGAUGAUGUUGAAUGCACAGGAACUGAACUUUCCCUUGGUGCUUGCAAGGCCAAGCCUUGGGGAACUAAUGAUUGUAAUCAUGGGGAAGAUGCUGGUGUUGUAUGUUCAGAGAAUCUCAGGCUAGUCAAUGGCACAAAUCGCUGCAAUGGAAGAGUAGAGAUUCGAACACCAGGAAGUGAUGAAUGGGGGACAGUCUGUGACCGGACUUGGGACUUAAAAGAGGUAGAAAUUGUGUGCAGGCAACUAGGCUGUGGAAGUGCUGGAUCGGCUCCAAAAGGUGCUCAUUUUGGGCGUGGAUCAGGCCGCAUCUGGAUGGAUGAUGUCAAUUGUGAAGGCACAGAAAAUUCCCUUCAAGAAUGCAGAGCAAAUACCCAGGGGACAAACAACUGUGUUCAUGAUCAGGAUGCAAGUGUUAUUUGUUCAGACACUUUCACCCUCAAUGUGGCGAAGAUAAGAUUAGAAGAUGGUCCAAAUUCCUGUGCAGGGCGGGUUGAAGUCUAUCACCAACAGCAAUGGGGAACUGUGUUAUGUGAUGAUGAUUGGGACCUGCGUGAUGCUGUUGUUGUGUGCCGAGAACUAAACUGUGGGGAAGCCCUUUCGGCACCUCAUGGAGCCUGGUUUGGUGAAGGAGUUGGUUCUAUCUGGCUCAGUGAAGUACAUUGUGUGGGUACUGAGAGGCACCUGCUUUCCUGCCAUCACCGUGGCUUUCGCAAGCAUAUCUGCACCCAUGAGGAAGAUGCCAGUGCCAUCUGCUCAGAACAACACUUCCAUCUUUUUACUGCCAUUCCUGCCCACACACCUUUCAAAAAAGUUAAAAUGGAGGCAGUAGCAACCAAAAGUCCACUUGUGUUACCUACACCUAAUGAGGAAAACCAUGCCCUAAGACUUGUGGGUGGCAAAAAUCAGUGUUCUGGCCGGCUAGAGGUAUUUCAUGAAGGGCAGUGGGGGACAGUGUGUGAUGACAUGUGGGACCUUCUGGAUGUUACCGUCAUAUGCCGAGAGCUGGACUGUGGGGAGGCUCUGGCAGCACCAGGUGGUGCUUUCUUUGGUGAGGGGAACAGUGUCAUCUGGCUGGAUGAUGUGCAAUGUCAAGGAGAAGAGUCAAAGUUGGCAGACUGCUACACCAGUCCCUGGGGGACAAACAACUGCCGACACAGUGAAGAUGCUGGGGCUGUGUGUUCAGGUGCGAUGUCCCUUGCCAUGAUAGAAGAGCAUACAGCUAUGCUUACAAAGACUGUAGCUCCUCAGAAAUCCUGGUCUGUGACACAAAAUCAAAUUCCACAUCCUAGUCAGUUUACAAGAAACCAGGAAGAAACUUUGACUAAUCAAGAACUCAUAGAGGAUAUUCCCAAAGGAGGUCUUUCUGAAAAUGGCCAGCAGCAGCUGCGACUUGUAGAUGGCCCUGAAUCCUGUGCUGGACGGGUAGAGGUAUUGUACAAAGGCCAGUGGGGCACAGUGUGUGAUGAUGGCUGGGAUUUGGUGGAUGCAGCUGUUGUGUGCCAUGAGUUGGGCUGUGGAGCUCCACUUCUCAGUCCAGGCAAUGCUCGGUAUGGACCAGGAUCUGGACCUAUCUGGUUGGAUGAUGUCAACUGUACUGGGAGAGAGUUUAUUAUAAAGCACUGUCAUUCUAAGCCUUGGGGGAAGCAUAACUGCAACCAUCAUGAAGAUGCUUCUGUCAUCUGCACAGGGAAGUGGAAACCUCUGUUGUUUCAAAAACCAACUGGUAGUUCAAAGGCAACUGAACUACCAAUCUCUAUCACAUCCAAGCCAGUAUCUCCAAACAAUUUAGAGCUGCAAAAUGUGAUGGAUGUAGCAGAGAUUACCACAAAUAUUCAGGAAUUUCCAGAUAAGUCAAAUAUAAAGUCUCUCAAUCAAUGGUACACUGAGGAUCCUUUUUUAAAAACACCAAGUGUGAAAAUUGAACUGGAAAAGGAGACAAAGCCAAUAAAUCCUUCAGGUAUUGUUGAAGCAACACUUAGUCCAAAAAUAUUGCAGCACUUGGAGGAAAAAAAUCCAUACAGCUUCCCCAAAACAAGCUUCCCCACACACAAAUGGAAAAAAGUAUCUAUUUCUUCCUCAGAAAAAUUUCAGCCAUCCUCCAUCACAUGGUAUACAGAAUCUAAAAGAGAAAUAAAGUCAACAACUCCUGGAUUCAUAGAUAAAAUAAUGUAUAAUUCAGAGAACCCACAGCAGGAGAUGGAAUCAGCCAGUUCUUCAAAGAUCAUGUUGUCAUUUCAAAAAUUGAGGGAAAUGCCCAUUUCACCAGCCAUAGAAUUUAAAUCCUUAUCCGUGUGGGAUAUUAAAUCAGACAGAGAAAUUGAAUUAGAAAGGCCAUCAGGAGCAGAACCACCUCCAUUUGCACAAUCCUUUAACUCUGGUCUUGAGAGAGUGCAUCCCAUCUAUUGGGAUAGCAAUGCUGAAGUGUCUCCAGCCACAAAGAACACAGAAUUCAAUGAUGUCUUCCUUGAAAAUCAGGAUAUCACCACUGCCACAUGGAUUCAGGCACCUAAGAAAGUCAUAAGUGCAUCUGAUUAUGGGAGAAAUGAAUUGUUUGAAUUCUCAAAGAACUUGGAAGUCACAAAAGAGAUGGAACUGCCAAUAACCACAAAGAAUUUGCAACCUGAGAAGCACAUGGAAACAACCACCCCCAAAGUCAUAGAUUCUGAAGAGAAAUCAAAUAAAGAAAAACAGGAAGAAUCAAAUACAGUUCCCCAUCCAGUAGAGCCUACAGCUGCACCAGAAUCUACCUUUACUUCCAAUGAUGUUUUCAAUUUAAGUCAACUGCACCCAAGUCCAGGAACUAUGAGUGGGCAAUUGGAGGACAAUUUAUUCAACUCAGAAGGCCUGACCGAAACAUCAAGUCCAUAUGUCUCAUCUGCCAAACCUGUCACCUAUUAUGAACACUGUGAAUCAUUCCCAAACUGUCUUGUAAAACAAGAACAAAGUAAACCAGAUCAAAGAUGCUGUUCAUCACAAGUCCUGAGGAACUUGGUCCAUACAAUGAAAGGUCUCCAUGGAGAACUAGCUUCUGUCUCUGUUGCCAUUAAGAAUCAAGGUUCCCAAAUGGAGGCUGUAGCUCAUAAUCUGGCUGAGUUGUCAGCUUCUAUACGUCUUCUAGUUGGAAUAUUGCCAUCUCUGGUACAGCCUGUCUCAUCCCAAUCCUUCUUAUCGCCAUCUGGGCAAGAUAAAAAUCAACUGCAAAAUCAACUACCCCUGAAGUGAAAAAUGUAUGAAUUUUUGUAAUGCAAGAUAUUGUUCUUCAUGCCACCAAGAUACAGAGAGACAAAAAAUCUAUCUAGUGAAACUGUGCCAUAAGAUGGCUAAGAUCAACAUGUGCAAAUUUUACAGUACUAAGUAUGUCAUAAUCAGAAAUUGUCAUAAUUCCUAUGUCAGAAAUACAAAAUCAAAUGUAACUGAAUAUUAGAGUGCACUAAGAGAAAUUGCCAGAUGAAUUUUUAAGUAAUUGUACUGAAUGAUCCAUUUAUUAUAUGAUUCAUUGAUUAAAACUGGAUUUU